AUGGCUAAAGGCGGUAGUAAGUUAAAAAAAGCUUUAAAUAACCAAAAAGAAUUGGAAAAAUUUUCUAAAGAACAGCAACAAAAAAAGGCUAAAAGAUUAGCUCAAUUAGAAAAAGAAGCCUCAAAUUUAAAGGUUGUUACAAAAGAAGACUUGGAAAAACAACAAGGAGCAGAAAAAGUAAAAGUACCAACUUCUGAUGAGAAAGAAUUAUCUGAACAUGGCAAUAAACCUUUAUCUAAAAAAGAAAAAAGAAAGUUAAGAAAAUUACAAAAAAAACAAGAGGAAGCUGAAAAGGAAAUAUUGGCAGAAGAAGAGGAAGAAGAAGAAAAGGAAGAGGAAGAGGAAGAAGUCGAUGAUGAUGAAGCUGAAUACGAACAACCAAGCAUAGAUAUUGAAAGACUAGCUAAAAGUGAUGAUGAGGAUAGUGAAGAAGAAGAAGACGAUGAUAGUGAUGAUAAUGAUGAUGAAGAAGAAGAAGAAAAAGAAGAAGAAGAAAAAGAAGAACAAGAUGAUGAUGAUGAUGAAGAAGAACAAGAUGCUGAUGAUGACGACGAUGAAAAAGAAGAAGUUUCAUAUUCUGAUGCCAACUCAGGAAUGGACUCUGAUGUGGUUCCACAUACGAAAUUAACCGUUAAUAACAAAAAAGCUUUAAAAGCCAGUUUAGAACGUGUCCAUUUACCCUGGGAGAAACAUUCUUUUCAAGAACAUCAAUCUAUAACAUCAUCUACGCCGGUUGAAAAUCACAUUAAAGAUUUAAAUGAUGAAACUGAAAGAGAAUUGGCCUUUUAUAAACAGUCAUUGGACGCUACACUUCAAGCACGUGAUAAAUUAAAAAAGCUAAAUGUCAGAUUUAGAAGACCUUUAGAUUAUUUUGCUGAAAUGGUUAAAACUGAUGAGCAUAUGGACAAAUUGAAGCAAAAAUUAGUCAAAGAAGCUAGCGAAAAGAAAGCUAUUGAAGAAGCCAGGAAACAAAGACAAUUAAAGAAAUUUGGUAAACAAGUGCAAGUAGCUACGUUACAACAGCGUCAAAAGGACAAGAGAGAAACUAUGGAAAAAAUUAAAUCAUUAAGAAAAAAACGGGCACAUAACGAUAUAGACGAUUCUAAUUUUGAUGUUGGUGUUGAAGAUGCCAUUGGCGAUGCUAGCGGCGAUGCAAGCAAUAAAAAACAGAAUAAAGCUAACAGAAAGAGAGACGCUAAGAAUGCUAAAUAUGGUCGUGGUGGUAUGAAGAGGUUUAAGAGAAAGAACGAUGCUGAAUCAUCGAGCCAAAUCCCAGAAUUUUCCCAUAAAAAAAUGAAGAGUGGUAUUAGAAGAAAAGGACACUAA